AUGCCCUAUCUGAAUUCUGCCCACUCCCCUACCGGCCCGGGUCCUUCGCCAUAUACACCAGAUACAACACCUGGGUCCACGUUCGGUCCUUCUGCGAUUCAGAAGCAGCAGAAUGGUAACGUGGGAGAGCCGCAUGGUAACAACCGAGGAAGUGGCGACUACGACGAAUCUCGACGAAGUAGCGUUACGGGAAGCAUUCACCAAGGGAUGCAACACCUGGGACUUGGUCCUACAUCCCCAUAUCAUAGCAACAACCAAUCACAGACGUCUAUCGUUUCUGGCCUCCAGCAGCAACGGGGUAUCCCCACAGGAAACGGAUAUAAUAACAGCAGAUAUUCGACGAUGAGCGGGGGUCCCUUGUCGCCCUACAGCUCGCAACGAAACAGCAGAGGCCCUUUGGCUGCUGGUCGCGUAGCUCCACCAAUUCUGGAGAACCCCAAAGCGGAUGUCUAUAGUGCAGAAGCCCCUACUCGCGGUCAGGCCUACGCCUUCCCCGACCCAGAUGGGUCGCGGACUUCGCUUUCUGGACGACCUCCCUCGACGUUCUCGCGCCGAAAUAGCUUCGCCGAGUCGUUCACAAGCAGCAUCAUGACUAUGGAGUCCACGCGGCUCCCGCGUGGCCAGCACGAACUCCCGGAGGCGCAUCAUCAUUCUCUUACCAACAAGCAGAUUGACACUCUCCGUGAUGACCCUGAUUCACCAAACAGCACAACACCAUACAGCCGAACACCAGAACUCAGAGUUACGCAUAAGCUCGCCGAGCGGAAGCGCCGGAGCGAAAUGAAGGAUUGCUUUGAGCAGCUGCGCACUCGCUUGCCUGCUGGUCAGAACAACAAGUCAAGCAAAUGGGAGACGCUGUCACGAGCCAUCGACUAUAUCAACUCACUGGAAAGCUCCGUCAAACAACAACGCAUUGAUGCCGAAAAGCAGCACCGCCAAAUGCAAGAGAUGGAGAUGAAGAUGCAGCAGAUGAACGAGCAGCUACAGCGAAUGCAACAUCAGGGCUCUUUCCCCGCCCCUCCUAAUACGAUACCCCAGAGCCCGUAUGGAUCGCACUACCCCAACGGCAUGGAUGGAGCAAAUGAGCAACCGCGGACGCUCCCACCUCUUAUGAAUGGUGCCAUGCAAGGAGUGCAGUUUUCUGACGACCGGCGGUAA